CUGUCCUCAGUGCUGAAUGGAGCAAGGACAUCCUUUCCUUCACAUCAAUGGGAUUAGAGGAAGAAAUACCCUCUUCAUUCUGCAGGCAGACAUCUCAGUGCUCAGAAGACAAAAUGGAAAUGCGAAGCGAGAGAAGAUCAGGAUAAAUUACUUUUUUUUAAUUCCACUGCUUAUCAGUUUGUAGUUUCUAGAUUAACAAGAAACGUGUUUCUGAUCUCAAGGGGGCUAAGCAAUAACCGGAGCCGGCAGCAAUGAGUGAACACAGGCCGAAGAGUUUAAAUUCUACAAGCAGCACUGUGAUGGAGCUGCAGUCUGCUUCGUUCGACCCAAGCGUCCCUUCUCCAUCGUUGACUCCAAAAGUUGACCGGAGCAACUCCAGGAUAGUGAGCCGCACAGAGGACAGCGGUCCCUACCCGAUUCCCGGCCUGGCAGCAGACUUCCUGCACAUGCGAGUGAAAGAAGGGAGCAAGAUCCGCAAUUUGCUGCAGUUUGCAACGGCUCGCAUGCAAGAGGAGGGGAGAGACAGCAGUGGGGCGUCGAUGAGACAAGUGGUCUUCACUGGCUCGGGAAGAGGAAUCACCAAGACCAUCACAUGUGUGGAGAUUCUGAAACGUAGAGUAGGAGACCUCCACCAGGUGUCCAAGCUCUACUACAAGACCGUGAAUGAGGUGUGGGAGAGUCCACAACAGGGAGCAGCAGGUAUUACCCUGCAGAGGACCUUUCCUGCUGUCUGCAUCCUGCUCUCUAAAGAUCCUCUGGAUCCCCAGGAGCCUGGAUAUCAACCCCCGCAGAUGCUGAGUGUUUCCACAGAGGAUGCAGAGCGACAUGGAGGUCUGCUGAGGCCAGCUCACAGUCCCUCCUCACAGCAGGCCGAUAAGCGAGUCUGUCUGGAUGGCUCAAAUGACUGAUUGUAAUCCAUGAACCUCUCGAGAAAUGUUUCCAUGAAAGUCUGAGUAGAGCACAUAAAAGAUUAAUAUUAAUAAAUACUUUAAGUCUUAUAUAUUAUAUUACUAGAUUUGGAUACUGGUUUGUGUUACUUUUCUGUUUGGAGGGAAAUUUUGCAAUGUCAUGUAGUGAAUUACAAUGUUUUGAUUGAGGAUUUAUUUUUAUAAUAAUGCUGUCCCUUUUUACGGCUAUAACAUCACUGCAAUACAUUAACCGCAUUUUAGUUUUGUUCUGUGCUGGGGAGUGUGUACACAUCAUUCAUUUGAAUAAAAUCCCCCAAAGUAAGGGGCAAUUUAAACUU